GACAGACCACGCCCUCCUCCUCCUCCUCCUUUCCUGUCAUCAUGACGACGUACACUGUAAAACCGGCUCGGCAGUGAACAGGAGUGGGUGGAACUUUUCAGCUCAGAAGCCUUGGAAGCUCCUUGACAGAAAGUACCGGGAAGCGACGAAUAUUCUUCCCGAGUUUCUUUCGGAGACUGAAGGAAGAGUCAAAAUGGAUCGGUACAGCAACUUGGAAAUCGACUUGGAAUGUGAUGAUGGAGGAGGAGGAGAUGUCGCGCAAAAGGCGGCAUUGUUCGGUGGCAUGUUCAAGAGAUCCACCAAGUCUACAGAACCGCAGGACAAUCUGUCAAUCAGCAGUGAACUGUCAAAGAGCAACGAAAGUCUUAACGACAAUACCAAGGAUAAAGGAAACAUGUUUAAGGGUAUUUUCAAGAAGCAGCAUAAAUCAUCCAAAGAGCCAACACAGGUAGCACUCUCCCAGCACAGUCCUGAGCUUUCGGCUAGUAAUGGCAACACGGAAGACAGCAAGGAAAAGUCUAGUGUUUUAGGCGGGAUGCUGAAAAAAACUCCCAAACGGGGACACGCACGCAGACCCUCACAGGAUCUUCUAGAUAUUGACAUGUUCGCCAGCAAUAACAAUGUGAACAACAACAAAGCCCCGGUCUCGCAGCAUAAUCCAGAGCUUUCGGUCAGCAACGGCAGUUUAGAUGACUCCAAGCCAUCCAAAGAUAAAUCGAGUGUGUUGGGCGGGAUACUGAAAAAACCUAAACGUGGACAUGCACGCAGGCCCUCACAGGAUCUUCUGGACAUUGAUCUGUCUGCCAGCAACAACAAUGUGAACGACAACAAUAAGGAGUCGGCCGGCAUGUUUAGCGGAAUGUUUAAAAAGUCACCAAAGCCGUUAAAAGAAAAGACAAAGUCUCAGGAUGAUUUGUCUCAAACAAACGAGCUGUCGGCCAGCAAUGAAAACCUGUCUGAGGGAGGGCCUAAGGAGAAAGUAGGACUCUUUGGCGGGAUGUUCAAAAAGCCCAAAAUACCUAAUAUUGCAAGAACCAAGUCUCAGGAGGAUCUGACUGCGAGCAGUGAACUGUCUGCCAGCAGCGACAACCUCACGGAGAAGACGUCUAAGGAGAAGUCUGAAGGCUUCAAAGAAAACCUGAUGGAGAAGCCUAAAGUCAAACAGAACGGCUUCAGCGCCAUGAUGAAGAAUGCCUUCCACUCUGACAAACACGAUGAGGAUAACACUGAGGAAACGUCGGAAAAGAGCGAGAAUCAGGCUGGCCAUAAACAGAGUAAGCUCUCAGACGCCAUGAACAAACUGAAUCCAUUCCGAUCCGGAAAGGACAAGCAGAGUGACUCCAGCGACGAAGAUGUGCCCGCUUCUAGCAGCAAGUCAUCCGGCCACAAACAGAAUGCCAUGGUGGAAGCUAUGUCCAAACUGAACCCGUUCAAGUCUGCCAAUAAAAAAGACACCGAAGACCCCGAGAUGCUCAAAGACACUGACAAGCAAGUGGAGGGGAAGCAGAAACUCAAAUACGACGUUGACAGAGAGAGAAAGCAGAGAAGUGAAACGCCGCUGCUUCCACGUCGACCCGCUCAUGAGGAGAAAAACGGGACACCGGCUCAAGACAAAGCUAAGUCCAAAACAUCUGAAGACUCUAAGGAAAAAAAGGACAUGACGUCCCGGCAGAAGGCUGACAAGGAAGUUCCCAAAGUUCCUCCGAAUAAGCCUUCACAGGAGGAGAUGAGGAGACGAGGCGCCAACACGCUUGUGCCAAAGCAGGAGAACCAGCAUCAGAGCCAAUCAGAUGACGAGUUGCUGAAAGACGACGGCGAAGGCAGAGAGGACGAUGAGGUGACCCUGGCGGAGAGCAAAGCGAAGAAAAAGAAGAAAAAGCGCUACAACCCGUUUAUGCCACAAGUAGCUGCCAAGGUACAGCCGGCAUCGGAUGAAGAAGCGUUGAAAGAUGAAGAAAAAGCGGAUGAUGAUGAUGAGGAGGAUGAGGAGGACAAAAAGGAGGAGGAUGGUACCACCAAAUCAGAACAGGUCAAAGCCAAGAAAGCAAAGAGACGCAAUCCCUUCAUGCAGCACAUCAAGACCAAAGUGGUACAGAGACGGGAUGCGGAUGCAGAUGCAGAGAAUGAGGGGGAAAACAGGUGCUUGUUUGAGCAAUUGGAGGAAUUCCGCAUCGAUCCAUUGCCGCCUGAAGAGCGACAGGAUUUUGAGCGUCUUAUGGAGUGGUGGAACACUGUGGAGUCUUGGGAGGAUACACCUAAGGACGAAGACAUGACGGAGAAAGAAGAGGCAAAGGCGUUUGCGGUGACUGCAGAAAAAGUCCAAAAGGGUAUCCGGGUGUUCAACAAGUUGUUCUCGGAACGCGCAGAGAGCAUGUGGCAGCACGUCAUCGACCUGAACGGCAUUGCCGACGGCCUAGACAAGUUCAACAAGAAGACAAAGAUCGCCCAAAUCACUGGCGGCUCCACCAGCGCCAUCGGCGGCGUAGCCACCAUCGCCGGGCUGGCCCUGGCGCCUGUCACCCUUGGGACCUCUCUAAUCGUGACGGCCGUCGGGCUGGGCGUGGCCACGGCUGGCGGCCUCACCUCGGCCGGCGCCGGAAUCUCCAACCAGGUCAACAACACCUUGGAUCGCAAGAAGGUGGAAAAAAUCGUAGAGGACUACCAGGAAAAGAUGGCGGACCUCAACAAGUGCCUCAAAUUCAUCAAGCAGGGAAUCGAGAACCUGCGGCGCUUCGACCUCAUCAAGAUGAAGAACAACGCGUACAACCGAGACUUCCCCGUGCUUAGCUCCAGCUUCUACGAGGACGGCGCCAUGGCCGGCAAGGCCAUCCUCAUCAAUGCUAACGAGAUCAUGCGCGUGGUGCAGAUCGCCAACGUGGCGGGCAGCACGGCGGCACGUGCCGUGCAGAUCGCCAGCAUGGCCACUGGUGUCCUCACGGGACUCUUCGUGGGCAUGGACAUCUACUUCGUGGCCAAGGACUCCAAAGAGCUUAAGAAGGGCGCGAAGUCGGAGUUUGCCGCCAAGAUCCGCGAGGUGGCUACUCAGCUUCACGACGGCCUGGUGGAGCUCAACACUAUACGUGAGGAAUUGCAGGGCACCACCAAACAAGAAGAAGACGACCAAAAUGGUGGCGACGUCUCAGAUGAGAAGAAGGAAAAGAAGGGUUACGAGUACGACAGCUCCGAAGAAGAUGAGAUCGACCGCAUCAAGAAAGCCAUCAAGAAAGACCUAGACAACAGACAAUACGUGUGACAGACGAGCUCGUCUUGGAUUUGUUUCUGAUCCAGUUGAGGGAUCUAUAAUGUGUUGCCACUUGUUUAGAUCGAAGAUAAGUAGGAAACAAAAAGAUCUUCCAAAUGCUGUUGUGUUGUUGUGCAAUAUCACAAUUUAUUGUUUCAUAACCAGAACAAAAAUUUAGCUUACAUACCAGCUGGGGUCUUGAAUUUUCAGAAAGAUUAGCCCUUCCACUGUUUUAAGGUGACGUAAGAGUGAGGGAAAGCAGGUUUCAGGAAUGCUCAUGCUAAUCACAAGUUUCUGUUUGGAACCUAAUGCCUCACUUUUUUUCCUCAGAGGUCAGAAUAUUGUACUAAUCACAUUUCUCCUUUACAAGUAAUGUUUUAGUAAUUCUUUUAGACUACUGUCUUAAUUAUAUUUUGUGCCAAAACUCACAGGACAUUGUGUAAUGUAGAAACGUUUCAUGUUUUUGGAACAAUAUUUUUCAUAUUUGUGCACUAGAUUGACUCUAGCAGCAUUACUUAGCUUUUUGCUGGAUGAAUCAUCUCUACUUUUUUUUUUUUUUAAAUGAACUUGGUAUUUAUUGUGAAUUGUAUUAUAUUGUGGGGGUAGUUUUUAUGUGCAAUACAAACAAUGUGUAAUCAUACAAACAUGACGGUACACUGUGCAAUAGCAAUAAAGAUUCUAAUGGUGAUAAUGCCCUGAUU